AUGUUCCUUAUCGUCUUAAUAGGCUUUUGGCUGCAUUUAAAAGUUCUUCAUCUAUUGGCUAUCGUGCUAAAAUUUACUGUCGGAAAAUAUUGUUUUUCUAAGAGGAAACAUUUGAAACGUGCUGGUGAAUGGGCAAUAGUUACUGGUGCAACGUCUGGGAUUGGUAAAGCCUAUGCAGACGAAUCAGCUAAAGAUGGUUUAAAUAUUAUGCUGAUUGGUAGAAAUGAUCAGAAAUUAUCCUCAGUUGCCAGUGAAUUAUUCAACAAAUACAAGACUGAAACCAGAAUUGUUGUUGCUGAUUUUACAAUUGAUAACGUAUAUGAUACAAUUGAAACUGAAAUUGAGAAACUCCCCUCCGUUGCCUGUUUAGUCAAUAAUGUUGGAAUGACGCAUGAAACAGAUUCAUUCAUAUCAUCUUCAUGGUCAAAUAAUAAGGACUUCAUCAAAACCAUCAUCCAUUGCAAUACACUGUCAACAGCAACAAUGACGCGCAUAGUAAUGCCAAAAAUGUUAUCACAAAAACAGCCUAACCCAGCUAAUAUCAACGUGACGUCUUACGCUGGUCUAAAAGUUUUUCCUUAUAUUUCGAUAUAUUCAGCGACAAAAGCCUUUGAUAUUCAGUUUUCCAGAUCAAUUGCUGAAGAAGUUUAUAAUAAAAAGAUUCUAAUACAAACUGUCUGUCCACUACUUGUCGCUACACCGAUGGCAAAGAUUGACAAGCCAACAUUUUUCAUACCGACUGCAGAAACAUAUGUGAAAAGUGCACUGGACAUGUUAGGCGUAGAAAGCUUCACCUAUGGUUAUAUUCGUCAUGACUUAAAGGCAUUUCUAUAUGACCUGCUACCACAACCGAUUUGGAUAGCGUUGAUCCACAUUAGAGUGAAACUAAUGAAGAGAAAACGAAAGUGA